AUGAACGGGUUAUACAAAAAAAGCCAGUUAAAUGCUGCAGAGGAAAAUCUCUGUAUGAGCUCAAUUUUGAGGAAAAAUAUGUUUAGUAGAUAUGAAAUAAAACCUAAAUAUUUUAAUGUACCAAUAUAUCAAAUUAAAAAUUUAAGUAACGAAUGUUUCGAAAGGGUGUCGAAUAAUUCAUGGUAUGAUACUAGCAGCUUUAAGAAGAAGAAAGGAGCUUAUUUAUUUUGUAGAGAUGUCAAAAACAAUAAUUUGGAAAACAAUAACAAAGAAAUUUCUGACUCUAAUGAGGAAAAAAACAAUGGAAUUGAAAUAUCAACAAAUGCUACUAAUCCUAUGGAGACAAGCAUUGAAGGUACGACGAAAUUAGAAAAUUGUGGUGGUACAUUAUCGCCACUUGUAUUAUGUAGACAUAUAAAUGAUAAAGCAUCAAAUGAUAGUGAAUUGAAAAGAAAAAAUGUAAUGCAUAACUCACCUAAUGAUGGAGCCAUAACUGUUAACACGACAUCAGGAGCGCAUACAAGAAGAGCAAAAAUUAACAAAUUGGAAAAAAUUAACAAAUUUGGAAAAAUAAACAAAUUGGAAGAAAUUAACAAAUUGGAAGAAAUUAACAAAUUUGGAAAAAUUAACAAGUUUGGAAAAGUUAACAAGUUGGGAAAAAUUAACAAAUUAGUGCAUGAUAAUUAUAAGUUUCCCGAACAUGCAACUGCACAAAGAAAUAAGCCAAAAUAUGACAUUGCCCAUGUUGAGAAAAUGAAAACGAAGAACAUCCACCCAUUUAUAAGUAGUUCAAAUAAAAAAAAAGAAACAAAUAUUGAUCUUUGCAAAUACAGAAAAGAAAAUAAUUUUAGUAGUUAUCCAGGAAAUGACAACACAAAUCAGAAUCACGUCCCCAAUGAGCACAUAGAAGAAAAAGUAACUUCAUAUGGACACAAAUUAUGUACACUUUCGAUAGAUGAAAAAAUGAUGUCUGAUAAAAAUAGGAACUCAUAUUUCAUAUAUGAUGUUAAAAAAAUGAAAGAAAAAAACAUCAAUCGGAUUGAGACAAAGAAGAAAAAUAUGAGAGACUAUUUAUAUAUUACCCAUUCUAUGGGAGAAGCAGAAAAUGAAUCUCACCUCCAUUCCUAUUUGAGUUCUGAGUCUGCAUCCGUUAGUAAGAUACAGAGUAGCAGUUUUAAUCACAGGGGUAAGAAAAAUGAAAAAAAGUCUAUGUCAUUUGAGGAAGAAAAAAUGAGUAAAAUGCUUAACUCCACUGGAAAUACCAUGUCUACAUCUAAAGAAAUCGAUAUGAAUAAAAAACCAUUCAGAAAUUGCAAGCAAAACAAAAAUAAUUUGGGGGAUGAAUUAAAUAUUUUCCUGAACGAAAGCAAUAAAGGAGGUACAACAAAUGAGGAAUGUUUAGAUGCCAAAGUGUUUGGAAAAUCCAUCUCAGAUUCCAAGAUAGAGAAAAAGCAAAACGGAGAAAAUCAUGUAGCAGUAAACAAACAAAUUAUCAGUUGGAAGAGUAGAACAAGUGGUAAACAAAAAAUGGAUAUGUACUUGGAAAAAUAUGAAACGAAGAAAAUGGAUUUCUCAGAAUGCAUGAUGCUUAAAGAUGUAAGUGUUGAUCUAAAUAUAGAUGUAAAUGUAAAUAAUUCUAAGAACUUGGAAAAGUAUAUAGCAGUGUCUAAAAAUGUAUUGGAGGAAAAUCCAAGGUUACAUCUGUUAGAUGCAACUGGAGAUGAAAAAAUAAAUAUCCAUCUACCUGUUAAUACCAAAAUGUAUUUUAUCAUUGAUUUUAAGAUAUAUAAACCAAUAUUUAUGAAAAAUGUUAGUCAGAUAAAGGUAUACAUAAAUAAUAAACUACUUCAAUGUGUUUACAUAAAUGAAUAUCCUCAGAAUUUUUCUGUAGUUGUGCAGAACACGGUUAAUAUCCUUAGCGAAAAGUUACUAGCCAAAAUGAAAAAUAAGCUAAUUAAUAUAAAAGAAACAAAUGUGCUAAAAUUUAUUUAUCUUAAUAAUGAAAAAGAAAUUGGAUACUCCUAUGUUAGUAUUAAAAAUUUAGUAAAUUCAGGGCUGGAGGGAGGAAUGUUUAUCCCAGUAGAUGACAAUAAAAAUUCUAAAAAACAGAAUCUAAAAAAAAAUGAAUUCCUUUUUUCAUUCCACACUCCUCCAUUCAACAAACAAGAAAUUAAUGUAUUAAAAUCUAAAAUAUUUAUCAACUACAAAAUGAACAUCUCUAAAAGUCUUCAUGAUUCCAUUUUAACAGGUGAAGUUGUAACAGCCAAAGAAAAAAUCAUAUACUUGGAAGAUAUGGUUCGACAAAUAUACACCUUCAUUCAGGAUUUUCCACUAUUGAAGAAUGCAAAAAACGGAAGAAUUACAAGUGCAACUAAUAAUCAAACUUCAGGAAAUCUAAGGACAGCUAGCCAAAAAUCUCCCACGUGGGAUAGAACCAAUUUGAUCACUCAGCAGGUGAUGAGUAACGCCCAAGUGGAGGGAGAAGUGGAAGAUGGCUUAGAAGUGGAAAACGUAAGCAAUGGAAACAGCUUUAGUAGAAGUCCUCGUGUAUGCAAUGUAGGUAUGAGCAUACGAGAAAAUGACAAACGGAUCUGUACAAUUGAUAAAAGCAUUGACAUAGACCCCUGCAGUGAUGAACCUAAAAAUAAUCUCCCUGUUUGUGGAAACUUCAAUAAUGUUGAAAAUGGAGAGGAAGAAAAUGGAAGGGGAAAAAAUGGAGAGGAAAAAAAUGGAGAGGAAAAAAAUGGAGAGGAAGAAAAUGGAGAGGAAGAAAAUGGAGAGGAAGUAAAUGGAGAGGAAGAUGGGGGCAAAUAUAAGAAUGUCAAUAUAUCAGAAGAAACUUAUGCGAAUAUCUCUAGCACGACUCACCACGAACAGAAUUAUAUGCAUAGUGCGAUAACAAGUGCCCAAAUCGGAGAAAUUUCCCCAAGUAAGAAUAUAAUGGUGGAUGGGAUGAGCAGCAGAGGUCUAAUAAAGGAUGUGGUAAAAAUAAGAUGUGCAGACAAUGCAGGGAGUACAUAUCACGAGGUUGAAGAAAAUGAUAAUAAACAUAGUGGUAGUGAUAAUGAUAAUGGUAGUGAUAAUGAUAAUGGUAGUGAUAAUGAUAAUGGUAGUGAUAAUGAUAAUGGUAGUGAUAAUGAUAAUGGUAGUGAUAAUGAUAAUGGUAGUGAUAGUGAUAAUGGUAGUGAUAGUGAUAGUAAUGAAAAUGGGCCAGAUGUAGGGAGGGACGACCUUAUGAAUACCCAUUUUGAGAAAAUAAAGAAGGAAGAUGUAAAAAAUAUGCCAAAUAACAUAACAAAUAUGAAAGAAAAACAGUUAAAAGAAAAAAACGAUUAUGGAGAAUAUGGCAAGAAUAAGCAUAUCCCCAUGAGGACAGAUAGUCAUCAGAAGAAAUUCAAAAUGAAUUGUGGAUUUCCAGAAGAUAGUAAAAAUAAACAAAUAGAAUUCCUAAAUAACAUCAUAGAAGAGUAUAAAACGGAAUUAGAUGUAAAAAUAGUUGAAAUACAAAAAUUAAAACACUCAAAUAAUAAUACCAAUAUUCUUUAUAAAGCUUGUUAUAAAAAAUUAAGAGAAAUUGAAAAUAAUCUUAAAAAAACCGAUACAAUGAAUUUCUUGCUUAAAUUUGAUGAUUCAUAUCAAAAUAAAUUAGACAGCCAGGUGAGCCAAAAAAAGGUAUAUACAGACACAGAUGUAAGGACGAGAAGGAGGAGGAAAAGGGGAACGAGGACGAGGACAAUGACCAUGGAGAAUUCAAUGAAAACGGAUUUAGUGUCUAGAAAUGAGGAAGAAAAAAGUGUUGUCAGAAACAUUAACCGUUUUAACGUCACAGGAAGGUGCAGCAGCGCGUAUGGAGCAACGAUGCCUAAUGUACUACCAUAUGGAGGAGAAAAAAUUAACAAAAGGAAAGAAGGAAUUCAAAUGGAAUCUGUUAGUAGGAGAGUAAUGAAAUUAUUUAGAGGGGAUUUACGAGAAAAUUCACAAAUUGAACAAAUGGCUACAAGAACGAGAACGAUAACAGAUGAGAAAAGGUAUGCAAAACAUUACACCCACAUGAGUAAUUAUGAAAUUAAAGAAAAAAAAAUUGAAAUACUUGUGAAAGAAAAUGAAACAUUAAAAGAUAAAAUAAAUAAGUUAAAAUCAGCUGGUGAAUCAUGUAUUAGUAGAAUACCAACAAUCAAGGAUACAUAUGCUACAUCAAAUGGAAAUGAUAAAUAUAAAUAUAAGAAAUAUUCAAAAUUAAGAGGUGUUCAGCAUUAUUGUAUGAGUUCAAACUUAUUCGAUAAAUCAAUGGAAAAUAAAAAUUUCUACAAUGAUGCAAGGGAAAGGAACAAUUACAGCAAUAAUACUAGAUUCAACUUGCCUCUUAAUUUGAUCAAAAGCUAUUCUUAUAAUCCAAUUUUGCACAAAGACUGA